AUGAAACAAUACAAGCUGUAUUUUGAUAAUUACUUCACCACACUGCGAUUGCAAAUUGAAUUAUGUAAACUGGGAAUAUAUUCAGUGGGCACCGUUCGAAUGAAUAGGUUGCCUGAUUUGAUAAUGAAGGAUGCAAAAACAUUACAACAAGAAGGUUAUGGUUCUAUGGAUUAUCGAAUUGUUCAAAUCGACGGUGUUAGUUUAUGUGCUACAAGAUGGAAUGACAACAACGUUGUCAAUUGUCUUUCGACAUUAUAUUCGUGUGCACCAACUGAUAUAGUCAAACGUUGGUCAUCUUCAGAGAAAAAACAUAUUCAAGUUGAUCGGCCAAAUGUCAUCAAAGCUUAUAAUCAAUUUAUGGGUGGUGUUGAUCUUGUUGAUAUGUUAGUGUCAUUGUACAUAAUAAAUGUUCGAUCCAACAAAUAUUAUAACAAAAUAAUAUUUCAUUUAAUCGAUCCAUCCAUUAUUAAUGGUUGGUUAUUUUAUCGUCGUCACUCUUUACUAAAACCACGUGUACCUCCACCUCCAGCUCAACGAGGAAGACCAGCCAUUCGCCAUCAAUCACAGGAAGUUAAUGCAAGUAAACGUCGUCGAACUGAAUCAUUCUCAACCUUUUGA